UGUCUUCUUGUAACUCUGUAAUUUAAUCCCCAUUCCAAUUAGUUUGCUGUAUGGUCGAGUUCCAAAAUAUGGCUUCUGAUACUCCUUCACAAUCAACCCGGAAAUUCACUUAUCAUGUUUUCUUGAGCUUUCGAGGUGAAGAUACUCACAAGAAUUUUGUUGAUCACCUUUACGAUCGCCUGAACCUGAAAGGACUCCACACCUUCAAAGAUGACGAGCGGCUGGAGAAAGGACAUCAGAUUGCUCCCGCUCUCCUACAAUCUAUUCAAGAAUCAAGAUUUGCUGUUGUAGUCUUCUCCAAGAAUUAUGCAUCGUCACCCUGGUGUCUAGACGAACUUACAAAAAUCAUGGAAUGCAAAGAUAAUCUGAACCAGGUUGUGGUGCCAAUUUUCUACGACAUAGACCCUUCACAUGUGCGCAAACAAACUGCAAGUUUUGAAGGAGCAUUUGACGAACAUGAAGAGAAUUUCAAAGAUGAUGAGGGCAAGGCAAAGGUUGAAAGGUGGAGGAAAGCUUUGACAAAGGCAGGCAGUAUUGUAGGGCACGAUUUGCACGGUCAUGAGUAUAACGGAUUUGAAACAGAGUGUAUCAAAGCAGUCAUUGCUGACAUAUCAAAACAACUGCCUCCACCUCCAAUUGUCCAAAAAGGUUUAGUGGGAUUAGAGUUACGGCUUGAAGAAAUAAGAAUGAAGUUAAAAGUGUGGGAUGAAGAUGUUAAGUUAGUAUUAGGUGGGUAUGGGCGGUAUUGGGAAAACAACCAUUGCAAAAGUUGCUUUUGAUCGAUUUUCUAGUGGAUUUGAUGGCUCAUGUUUUCUUGCUGACGUUAGAAAACAUGGGCUGGAAGCCUUGCAAAAGAAACUCUUAUCAAAAGUUCUCGAGGAAAAUGCAAUUGAUUU